AUGCAAAGUAGGAAAAAUGUAUGGCUUAAGAAGAAUGAGAGCACAAGACUUGUGGUUAAGUGUAUGUCAGGUUGCUCAUUCCAUAUGAGGUUUAGUAAGGCUGCAUCAAAGAACUACUUUAAACUUGUUGUACAUAAGGCUGUUCAUACUUGUCAUAGGAUUAAUAAAAAUAGACAGUGUAAAACAAAAUGGUUGGCCAAGAAGUUGAUCCAUGUUUUGAAGCAUGCACCCGAUAUGAAAUUGAAGGCUUUACAAGAGGAUUGCAAAAAUAAGUGGGGUGUCAUGUUAAGCAAAUUUCAAGUUUAUAGAGCAAAGGUCAAGGCAUUAGAGAUGAUACAAGGUGCUAUUUCAGAACAAUAUAAACAUCUUAGGAAUUAUGCAGAGGAAUUAUGUACAAGUAAUCCUGGUAGUACAGUGAUAAUCAAGACUACACUUGGAGUUGAUGGACCUGUUUUUGAAAGGAUGUAUGUUUGCUUCUAUGCUUGCAAAAGAGCAUUUGUUACAAGUUGCAGACCUCUAAUAGGACUUGAUGGUUGCUUCCUUAAAGGAACAUAUGGAGGUCAAUUGUUGACAGCUGUUGGAAAAGAUGGUAAUAAUCAAAUGAUGCCAAUUGCAUUUGCUGUCGUAGAAGCUGAAACAAAAGAUUCUUGGUCUUGGUUCAUUGAACUCUUACUGGAAGAUUUAAAUUGUUUGCAAUAUAAGAAAUGGUCUUUCAUAUCUGACCAACAAAAGGUAUGA